CUAAAAAGUAAAAACCGUCAUAAUGAAAGUGAAAGUGUCUCAUCAUCCAAAAAUAGUCUUAGUUGACUUCAUACUCUUUUAUUCGUCGUUCAAGGAAGGGCAUUUACAUGACAAAACAUGGCUUCUAUAAUGAUUAUGGUCCUUGCUGUGGUUUGUCCCUUCAUCCCAGCUGUGGGACCCAGUGGAGAUUUGUUGAAAUUGGAAUGUGACCCUGCUGUUGGAAUUGCAGCUCAUACAACAGUUAUCACAUGCAAUUUCAGAGACAACAAAGAUGUUAAAAUAAGUGCAGUUUCUUUAAGAAAAGUGGGCCAGAACGAAUCAAUUUUUCGGCACCUAAUAGCAAAACAGCAAGAAUUAGGUGAUCCUCGCUUUAGUCUUGAAAACCGUACUGAAGGUCCAUCUCUGAAAAUAAAUGACACAAUGUUUUCUGAUGCGGGAGUAUAUGAGUAUGAUGUUGUCACAAACAGAGGCCAAGCAUCUGGGAAAUUUAGCCUCAGUGUCACAGCAAAGUACAAAGAUCCCAUUGUAAGUGCAUGGCCUCAAAAUGUAACAGAGGGAGGACCGCUUGACCUUUACUGCAAUGCAACAGAGGGCUACCCAGCAGGAACCAUCCAUUGGUUUGACCGGUAUGGAACAAACUGGACCAUUAACUCAAUUCUGACAAAAACCACCAAGGAUACAUACAGUUCAAAAUCUGUGGCUUUGUCUGGCAAACUGACUUUCAAAUCUAUUGACUUAAGUCUGGCACCAUUUAGAUGUAUCGUCCUAAACAACAAAUACAUUCAGGAAGGAGAAAAGACAAUUCAGAUCACGCCUGCCAAACAAAAUUCAGAAGAGAUGCAAGAAUCGAGAUCCAAUAAAACAAACAUUAUUGCGGGUGUCAUGGUUAUUGGUUCACUUAUUGCUGGUCUUCUGUUUGCUCUAUUGUUUUUCAGAAAAGGAAAAGAGCAAAGUUAUGACUCAGGACAAGCUGCUAAGCCUGAUGUGAUAUCAGACAUAAUUUGAAAUAAGAAUUCCGAUAUUCAAGAUCAGCAUUGCCACUCUUUGACUAAAGAAAUAAGGAUAAAUAAGAAAGACAGAGAAGUUAUUCAUAUUUUGUAAUAUUUUAAUUUGUAAAGCUGUUUCUCUCAAUUUGCGAAUAACUUAUUAACUAUAAUAAUUCAUCUUUUCUUUUAUAACUGAGGGUUUGCAGAGUGUCUACUGCCUGUUUAUACAGUGCCUAUAAAAAAUAUUCACAACCCUUAUUUUUUUUCACAUUUUGUUAUGUUGCUGCCUUAUUUAUCCUACUAUAAAUUACUUCUUUACGUUAAUCUAAACUCCAUACACCAUAUUGACAAAGCAAAAAACUGAUUUUUGACAACUUUGCAAACGAAAAAAAUGGGGUGAGUAGCCUACUUUUAUAUCCAAGAUCUACUAACAGCUAUUUGAUUACGGUAUGUGUUACGUAGUCUUAAUUAUAUUUGACUUUUAAACUUGAGAGGUAAAAUAAGCCAUAUAAACGGAGAUAAAAUAAACACUGUAAGAAUUUGAAUGUUUAAAUCAUUGUACUGUAUGGUAUAAAACAAAAUGUUUUUUGGUUGUACUAAUCACAUUUUUCUUUGUUUUGGAAGAUUUUGAGUUUUUCUGGGGAUUUUGUAGUUUUGUAUUUUUUAAUUAUAGUUAAAUUUUAGUACGACAUGUCUUUCUUCUGUAUAAUGUAGCAAUGUGCUAAAACUGAUAUCAUUUCAUCAUAUGAUUCAGGUUGGGUAAAUUACCUUACCUUAUACUAAAAUAAAUGUUAGAGGUGUCUUACCUGAAAAUAACUUGACUUAUUAUCUUAAAAUAUGUCAGUGGCAUUGUUUUGAAGCAUUUAUAUAAAAGCAGCUUAAUUCAACUAGUCCUUGCUUAAGCUCUGUGACACCACGCCAAGAUGUAAUAUUUUGCAUUAAAAUAUUUAGAAAACACUGAAACAAUGUUAUAUAUUUUGCUGACCUGUGUAUUUACUGUACAUUUUUCUAAAUGUUUCCAACACUGUUUAAGUAAAGAAAAAUCUGCAACGAUAACCAGUGAAAGGGGCUGUCAUUGUCAUUGUCAAUAUCACUAUUUAUAAGUACCCAGGUGCUUUCAUUAUAAAAUAAUUUUAUUAAAAUGGUACAUUGAAAGCCAAAUUCCCCAACAUUUCUACGUAUGCAAAGGUUGAUCUAUUUGAUAUUCAGCCAAGGCCAAAUGAUUCACUAAGCAAUAUUCAAGAAAUUAUUCAUUCAUUUCCGAACAUACAGUAUAUCUCAUAAAAAACAUGUAUAUUCUGUUAUACCUGUGUGGCUUCAUGGAUUGUAUUGUAAAAGUUAAUUUUCUCACUGUUUGUCACGUUUGCCACUUUUGUUAUAUUAGUUGAUAAAGAGAACAAAAACAAUUGCAAAAAGAACAGGAUGUGACUUGCUAUUUUUCUAAAAGUCAGCAGGGUAGCGGUCACAUAACAAAUGACUCAGACCAGAAAAAACUCAUAAGGCAAACUAAUCAUUUCUGUUUUCUGGAAAUACUGCAUAGCCUCAGCGUUUGGGAGUGUCAUGGAACUAAAGAAUGAAUAACUCAAACUAGAAGAAUCUGGAGCUGAACUAAACAUUUCUGUUUCUUAUACAGACUGCAUAGCCUGAAGACCCUGUUGAGCUAUAAAUUAAUAAUUUCUCUUUCUCAUAAUUUGGAUGGAUUUUAAAUAGAUCAGCCUUUGCAUAGGCUAUUUACUAUUGUUAUUAUUACACUU